CUGGUUUGAAGAAACCAUGUGACGAAUAAUACUUCCUCUAACUGUCAGGCCUCGACUCUCUACAACUCUCUUUCAUGAUCAGUGACACACAGAGAUGGCGGGUACAAGAGUCCCAAACCUCCAGAGUGCUACAAGGCAGCAGCCACUGAUUCAGCCUCUGCAGCGCAGCUCAGCGGUUCAGGGAGCCGUUCAGAUGCGCAUUAAGAGCUCACAGAGCUCCGGAGACCGCCUGAGUCAGUCCAAGUCCAUGGUGCUGCAGGAGUCCGAACUUCCUCAGAAACCUAUCUCUCGGCAUCGUAGGAAUCAAUCUCAGCACAAUGUCAUCAUCGCAGGAGCUGCUGUGGUUGAACCACUGGUGGAGUUGAAAGGUGAACACCUGAAUGUGGCUAAAAUCUCAGAGAGCGGUAAGAAACAGAGGAAGAGCUGGACUUCAAUGUGGACCGUGCUGACCUCAGACCAGCUGCUAUUUUAUAAAGACAGACAACAAGAAACUGGCAUGAAACCAGGAGGUAAGACAGACGUGGUUCACCUCUGUGGAGCUGUUAUUGAGUGGACGACAGAGAAAUCAAGCAGGAAAAAUGUCUUCCAGAUCACAACAAACACAGGAACCGAGUAUCUCCUUCAGGUUGAGAGUAACUCCACUGCUAGAAAAUGGUACGAUGCCAUCAGAAAGGCCAUCGACACUUCAACUAAAGCAGAUGGAGGUUUUCCCCUUCGGAGGUCAAACAGCACAGAGUACCUGCCCAGACACAGCUCCCUACCUGCCUAUGGCUCAGCCUCCCCCAACACCAAGCAACGCAACCCGGUUCACAGACGAUCCAUCAACAUGUUCAGCAGCUCAAAGCUGAAAUACAGUACCUCAGACAGUGCUGAUAAAAAUGGAGUGAAGAACAGACUGAAGAAGUUCAUCAUCAGACGUCCGUCCAUGAAGACACUACAGGAGAAAGGCCUCAUCAAAGAUCGAGUGUUUGGCUGCCACCUGUCAACUCUCUGUGAACGUGAAGGAACCACAGUGCCAAACUUCGUUCAGAUCUGUCUGGACGCGGUCGAUAAACGAGGUCUGGAGGUUGAUGGGAUCUACAGAGUCAGUGGAAAUCUAGCAACAAUCCAGAAACUUCGCUUUAUUGUUGAUCAAGAGGAGCACCUGGACUUGGACCACAGUCAGUGGGAGGACAUCCAUGUUGUCACAGGAGCCCUCAAGAUGUUCUUCCGUGAGCUGCCAGAGCCAUUGUUCCCCUUUAGGUUCUUCCAGCCAUUUGUGGAGGCCAUCAAGAUCAAAGAAUCCAAACACAAAAUUGAGGCUGUGAAGAAACUGAUCCAGGAGCUGCCCAAACCCAACCAGGACACCAUGAAGCUACUCUUCAGCCACCUGUACAGACUUCUGGCCUUUUCCAGGAAGAACCUGAUGUCCACUCAGGGCAUCGGUAUUGUGUUCGGCCCAACACUGAUGUGGCCCGAGCUGGACGCAGGAAACAUGGCAGUCAACAUGGUUUACCAGAACCAGAUUGUGGAGUUCAUCCUCAUCGAGAGCCAAGAGAUCUUAAACCUGGACAGAAAGUAAAAGUCCCUGAGGUGGAUCUGAUGACCCGAAAGACUCACAUUUACACAUCAAAGCAAAAAACGAACCAAAUUACUUUAGAGAUUUUAUUGUUUUAAAAGAAAAUAGCGGCAAUGCCUGGUUUGGGCUGGACUGUAAAAAGAAUAAAGGGAUAGUUCCUGGUCAAAACAUAUGUUGAAGAUCAUUUUUUAAUAACAGAAAGAUAUCCAAAAUGUAUUAACUGUUGUUUUAAAUGUUACUGACUCUUACCUCACAGAUAUCCAUGUAGUGACCACUGCAGUCACCUGUCAAAGCUCUUUUAGAAAUAGUUUAGUUUUUAAGGUAGAUGACUUCUAACAAGUUUGACAGAUCCAAAAAUAUAAAGUACCCCAAAAAAUAAUGUACAGCACUAUAUUUAUAACAUACAGCAGUAUAUUUAAAAUGUACAGCAGUAAAUUAUACAGCUGUGUUUUUAUAACGUACAGCAGUAUAUUUAUAUAGCAGUACAUCUAUAACAUUCAGCAGUAUGUUUAAAAUGUAUGGCAGUAUAUAUAUAAAGUAUAGCAGUAUAUUUAUAAUGUACAGCUGUAUAUUUAUAACAUACAGCAAUGUAUUUAACAUAUAGCAGUAUAAUUUCAAAAUAUUACAGGAUAUUUAUAACAUACAGCUGUAUAUUUAAGUUAUACAUAAGUAUGUUUAUAUUUUGCAUCAAUGUAUUGAAAAAAUACAGCUGUAUAUUUUAAUCAUGCAGCAGUAAAUUUAAGAAAUAUAAAUAAUAAUAAAAGUAAUAUAAUUAUUAUUGAUAUUGAAGAGAUGAUGUAUCCUUACUAGAAGGCACAUGGUGAUUAAAGAAGUCAGUGUAAUAAUCAUGGCAAUGUCUUAGAUCUGACCAUGCCUUAACUGAGAAGUGUGUGAGAAGUGUAUGUAACAAAGUUGGUACAACUUGUUUCAGCAUUAUUAACUAAAGGACAAAAAGCAUAAUGGUUUAGUGUGUAAUAUUAAUAAACAAGCAUAGUAAUAUUUUUGACCCACUAUGAAAUUUUAAAUAUAAAGGUGAAUCAGAUCAGAUGAAGUUUUCAGAUGAUACUGCAGUUUUUUAGGAACAGAGGACGCCAUGUUUUCUAUUACCUUUUUUCUAUAAAUGCUGUCUAUUUACUACCUUUUUAAGUUAAGUAUUUGUUGUGAAUUGUACAGUUUAAUAUUCAUGUUUGUUUUACCAUUCAAAGCCCAAAAAGAGACCAAAUAAGAGGCAUAAUGAAGACUUAACAAAUGAAGUUUAUUACAGAAUGACAGAUUACCACCUGUCCUAAAGACAUUUUAUUUUUCUACCUUUCCUCUUGAAUAUCCUUUAUCUUCAUGAAUUUACACCAAAAAAUCCCUGACUGAUCCUUAUAGUAUAGUUCAGUUGUACUAUAAGUGAAGUGAACUAUAACUUGUACUGAGUGUCAAACUUUGUCACUUUGACUAGUGACUUAUGUCUGUGGCAGUGAGUAUGUAAAACUUUACUGAAGGCGUUUUUUAUCUAUAUUAUCAAGGAGGUUAUGUUUUCACCUGUGUCUAUUUUUUGGUUUGUUUGUUGGUUUAUUUGUCAACAGGAUUACGCUGAACUGAUUUGCACCAAACUUGGUGGAGGGAUGGGGCAUGGGCCAAGGAAGAACCCAUUAAAUGUUGGGGCAGAUCAUGAUAAUUUAUUAUGAAUUUUAAUUUUUUUCUCUGAAGUCUGGUGUAUGUUGUUUGACAUUGGAUUUGCCAGAGGUCUGUGCUCUAAUGAGCGCCAUUUUAGUUUUUCUCUUUAUUUUAUCCAAAUAAUGUUCAUAGAAAUCGAUUACUGGUUACUGGUUUUAAUGUUGUGGCUGAAU